GCGCCGUCACACCUCCCACCCCCGCAGCAGCACACCAUAGAGCUCGAUCGUAGCCCAGACCUACAGUCAGCAGCGCCGCACGCCGCUCAGUUCCGUCCAACCAUUCCUAAUCCAGCGAACAGUGUUGGUUUUGCUAUUUGGAUCGAUGGCAGCCAUGAAGGUCGUGCUGAAGCUGGACGUGCACGACGACAGGCAGAAGCAGAAGGCCAUCAAGGUGGUCUCCGCGCUCCAUGGGAUCGACCACAUCGCCGUGGACAUGAAGGACCAGAAGAUGACGGUCGUCGGCACCGUCGACCCCAUCGCCGUCGUGGCCAGGCUGCGCAGCAAGCCCUUCCCCACGGCGCAGAUCUUCUCCGUUGGCCCGGCCAAGGAGGAGAAGAAGGAGGGCGACAAGAACGACGCGGGUAAGCCGGUGGAGUACCCGACGUACUGGUACCCGCCGCCGCCGUACCACCCGCACCUGUACCACCUCGCUCACAGCGCCGAGGAGGACCCCAACUCGUGCGUCAUCUGCUGAUCGACGCGCGCUGCCGGUUCCCGCCAUUGUACAC